AUGUCAACGAAUUCAUUGCAUGAUGUGAAUAUUCCCAUUUUCAUCGGUGCAGAAAACAUUAAACAUGAAAAAGAGGACAUAUUAGAAGAGACUAUGACAAUCGAAGAUGGGCGAAAUCAAAACAAAUUUAUGUACGAAAAUGUAAUAAUGGACCAUGAACAAAUUAAAAUUGAAGGAGUAAACGAAAAUGAUGCAUUAGAGGAAAUUCAUCUAGAACAACCCUUCUUUCCGAAUACAUUAAAUACAGAAAUCAUAAUUAAAGAAGAAAUGUUAGAUGGAAAUGCUACAGGUCAAAAAGAAAUAAAUACUGAAACGCAAGAACAAAAACGCAUUCAUAUGGAAGGAAAACCUUAUUCCUGUGAUAUUUGUGAAAAAAUAUUUAUUCAAAAGAGUCAUUUAAAUGAACAUCAACGAACUCAUACUGAGAAAAAACGUUUUUCAUGUGACGUAUGUAAUAAAACAUUUAGUCACGCCAACAGUUUAGUUCAUCAUAAACGAAUUCAUACAGGUGAGAGACCUUAUUCAUGUGAUUUUUGUGGUAAAACAUUCACCCAGCACUCAAGUUUAAACGUCCAUAGACGAAUUCACACUGGAAUCAAACCAUUUGCAUGCGAUGUUUGUAGUAAAUCAUUCAGAGAUACAAGCCGUUUAACUAGACACAAACGUAUUCAUACUGGAGAAAAACCCUUUCCUUGUGAUUUUUGUGAUAAAGCUUUUAAUGAUCCAGCUUUUAAUCAGAAGAGCCAUUUAAGCUAUCAUAAACGAACACAUUCUGCAAUUAAUUCAGUUCAUGAUGUUAAUAUUCCUUUAACAAAUAUUAAGCAAGAAAACGAACAAAUAUUAGAAGAUAGUGAGACGCUUGUGACAUCGGAAAAUGAAUUAUUAAACGAAAAUGAUUCAACGGAACAUGUUCAAAUUAAAAAUGAAAUAAUAGAUGAAAGUUUUAUGUUGGAAUAUGAACAAAUUAAUGUAAAAGAACCAUCAUUUAGGAAUAUAGGAAGCAUUGUUAAAGAUGAAAUAGUAAAGGAAAAUAUUUCUGAACAAAAAGAAAUUUAUCAUAAUGAAGAAAAAAUUUUUUCAUCCGAUUAUGAUAAUACAUUUAACGAUCCCGAUUAUUUAAUUAAACAUGAACGUAUUCAACAAGAAAACAAGCCUUUUGCUUGUGAAAUUUGUACCAAAUCAUUUACUCAUGAAAGUUAUUUAAUUAAACAUAUACGAAUUCACACGGGGGAAAGGCCAUUUUCAUGUGAUAUUUGUGAUAAAACAUUUAAUCAACGAAGUAAUUUAAAUCAGCAUAAACGUACUCACACUGGGGAAAAGCCUUUUACUUGUGAUGUUUGUGAUAAAGCUUUUAAUAAACAAAGUCAUUUAAACCAACAUAAACCAAUACAUACUGGAGAAAGGCCAUUUGUUUGUGACCUUUGUAGUAAAAGGUUUGUCCAUCGUCCUCAUUUAACCAGGCAUAAACAAACUCAUAUUAAAAAGGCUCUCCGUUUGGCCCCAAAUAGCCAAACAAAAUAUAAAGAAGUUCAUGCCACAGUUAAUUCAGUUCACGAGAUCAAUAUUCCUUUGUUCAUCAGUGUAACAAAUAUUAAGCAGGAAAAAGAUCAAAUAUUAGAGGAUAAUGAGACGCAUGUGACAUCGGAAAAUGAAUUGUUAAACGAAAAUAAUUCAACGGAACAUGUUCAAAUUAAAAAUGAAAUAAUAGAUAAAAGUUUUAUGUUGGAACAUGAAGAACAAAUUGAUGGAAAAAAUCCACCCUUUACGAAAACAGAAAUCAUAGUUAAAGAUGAAAUAAUAGAAGAAAAUAUUUCAGAGCAAAAAAGAGUUUAUCAUUUUGAAGAUAAAAUUUAUUCAUCCGAUGAUGAUAAUGCAUUUAACGAUCCCGGUUGUUUAAUUAAACAUGAACGUAUACAGUCAGAAGAAAAACCUUUUGCUUGUGAAAUUUGUACUAAAUCAUUUAGCCAUGAAAGUUAUUUAAUUAAACAUAUACGAAUUCACACGGGAGAAAAGCCAUUUUCAUGUGAUAUUUGUGAAAAAACAUUUAAUCAACAAAGUAAUUUAAAUCAGCAUAAACGAACUCAUACUGAACGCAAACCUUUCUCGUGUGAUGUGUGUAAUAAAACAUUUAAUCACUCCAACAGUUUGGUUCAUCAUAAACGAAUUCAUACAGGUGAGAGACCUUACACAUGUGAUAUUUGCAGUAAAGCAUUUACUCAGCAAGGUAGUUUAAUCAUCCAUAGGCGAAUUCACACCGGGGAGAAACCAUUUUCUUGUGAUGUCUGUGGUAAAUUAUUUACUCAGAAAAGUAAUUUAGUUAAACAUAAACGUAUUCACACCGGAGAAAAACCAUUUUCAUGUGAUGUUUGUAAUAAAACAUUUACUCAGAAAGGUGAAUUAGUUAGACAUAAACGUAUUCACAGCGGAGAGAAACCAUUUUCAUGUGAUGUUUGUAAUAAAACAUUUACUCAGAAAGGUGAAUUAGUUAGACAUAAACGUAUUCACACCGGAGAAAAACCAUUUUCAUGUGAUGUUUGUAAUAAAACAUUUACUCAGAAAAGUAAUUUAGUUAAACAUAAACGUAUUCACACCGGAGAGAAACCAUUUUCAUGCGAUGUUUGUAAUAAAACAUUUACUCAGAAAGUUGAAUUAGUUAAACAUAAACGUAUUCACACCGAAGAGAAACCAUUUUCAUGUGAUGUUUGUAAUAAAACAUUUAAUGAGAAAGGUGAAUUAGUUAAACAUAAACGAGAAUAUGAGUGA